AGUAGGCUUCGGGAGGGAGCGAGCGGGAGCGUAACACUGUGGAAUUUACCGAGACCGAUCUGGCCCAAGCUGGGCGGUGGAUUGUUUUGUCUGAAUGUGUACGGUUUCUGUUUAGUUUUCAAAAAAGGAGGCCUACUUGUAUGCGAAAGACACUCUUAAUGCUGUUUAAUAUUGUUGGAUCUGGCAAGUCAGCAACUAAUUCACUUCCGUGAAAGAAGACGCGAAGGGAAACAACAACAGAAGACGAGAGAACUUGUUCUUAUGUGGCCCUGGAUGUGGUGAGGCAUGCCUGGCCACAGCAUGGGGGCCAAUCACAAGCCCCCCUCCCACCACACGUCACGCACCAAGGCCGACAGCUACCGGCACAGCCGCAGCUGCUCGCGCGACAGUGGCACUGGCCAGGACUCCCCCCGCGAGCACCACGGCAACAACAACCUCCUCAGCAGCGGUGGUGGCGGCAGCAACCACCACCACCACCACAGCAGCAGCAGCAGCCACAACAACCACAGUCACCACCACAACCACAACCACAGUCACAAUCAGCACCCUCGCAGCCAGAGCGAGGGCCGCAAGAGCCACUCGCGCCACACCAACGGCCGCGGCUCGGAGACCAUCGGCUUCAUCCCGGGGUCGGCGGACGCGGCGCAGGGCGUCCCGCCGGCCUGCGGCUCCUGCGCGUCCCUGGGCUGGAGCGGCUGCAAGGCGCUCAUCUGCUGCAUCCUCACCUGCGGCUUCUACGGCACACGCGAGCCCUGCCUGCCCGUCCACAACGAGAGCUCCACGGACAACCCGCCGUCGGCCAAGUCCGGCGAGGCCGAGAGCCGACCGCUGGGCAACGGCAACGGCAACGGCAUGGCCUUGACCAACCCCACCUGCGGCAUCCCCCUGGAGGCCCGCAAGUCCGAACGCGAGCUGCCCAACUCGGACAGCUUCCGCUACAAGGACGUGCGCAUCGCCGGCAAGAAGGUCCACUACCAGCCAGGGCCCGCCAAGCGCAACAACUCGGCGGCGAAGAGUGGCGGGCAGAAGGAGCGACCCUCCAGCAACUACUCCAGGGAGGACCUGGACCUGGACGACAUUGACGACAGCAAGGCGGACAUCGACUCGCUCAUCACCAAGAAGCUGCUGGACCUGUACAAGCUCCACCAGAUCGAGCAGCUGGCCAAGUGCACGUCCGACUCGUCCUUCUCGCGCAAGACCAACGAGAUCAGCGACCUCAUCUACAGCAUCGCCCAGGACUACAACCUGGAGGAGCAGGAGGCCGAGUGCCGGCUGGUGCACGGGGUCAUCCGCAUCAGCACCCGCAAGGCCAAGAACAAGUACUCUUUCGGCAGGAACAAAGACUCCAGUUCCCAGGAUGCACUGCUGCACCCAAACGGACAAAGGGAUGGCACCCUGCCCGACAGCGGCCACGAAACAAUGACCCUCACCUUGAGCAGUUUUGAACCUGAGGUGAAAGUGUCCGACCUGACAAAAUCAGACGAACUUGCGCGCAGAAUGAGGAUCCACAGUGGGCGAACCUACUCCUCCAGUUCGGCCACUGUCUACUCCCCCACCUCCCAAGACACAGACUUCUCCGGGGCCCCCCUGCUGCAUUCGCCCUGAGCCAGCGCCACUCCGUCCUCUGACGCUCCCAGGCAUUUCAGCGGGAGUGGAAAACACUGCCUCACCUGUACGUGUCUAAACCAACCCCCCACCUCCCCCCCUCCCUCCCCCGGCCGCUUCACUGUCCAUCUGGACACUUUGUUUGUUUGUUGAUGUUGUUGUUGCUCGUCGCUGCUAGAAGAUGUUAAAUGUCAGUGAUAUUGGUGGUUGCCUGAGCACCGUGACUGAGGAGACUUGCCCUGAAGCAAUGGACUAGGAGCUUUGGCCUCAUUGCCCUCCUCUCUCAGAGCAACCAAAUCUGAGUGCCACCGCCAUUUCGAAAACUUCACUUGGAGACCUUCUGGAAAAAUUAGGAGGAACUUUCUCCUGUUUUAUUGUGUCUGUUUUUGCUUUUGUAUCCAAUAACUUUGUUUACUUUUACUUUGGUAUUGUAGUAAAUAUCAUGACAGACUAUGUGCCAUAAUAGCUGAGAGCUUUUUUUUAAUUAUUAUUUCAUGCGAUCUAAUACCAGUGAUUAUAAUACAGGAAGGUGCUGUCAUUUAUGGCCUGCUUAGACUCCUGUUCCUCUAAAUUGUGCGCGUGUGUGUGUGCGUGUGCGUGUGGAUGUGUGCGCGUGUGUGUGUGUGUGUGUGUGUGCGCGUGUGUGUGUGUGUGUGUGCGCGUGUGUGUGUGCGCGUGUCUGUGCAUGCUUGUACACGCUGCAUUUUUACAUGCCUCUGUCCCAUAUGUACAUAGGUGUUACAGCCUUCCAGUUAUUGUUGCUUCUUUAGAUGUGUAGGCAUCUCGUGUAUAAUUGCAAGCCUAUUUCUCUGGGAAACAUGGACACUUUUGGAAAAAAAAGGCAAUUCAUAGUUUUAUUUUUUAUCAAAUAAAGGGGAUAUCCCUUA